AUGGUGAAUAUACAAACAAAACUUAAGAUAUUUAAUAUUCAAGAAGUAAGAUUUUAUGCUACUAAUGUAUUUGUAAACGUAUCAUUGGAAAAUGAACAUUGGUCCGGAAUGAACUUGAUAAUCAAUUCGGAUGUAAUUGAUUUUGUUACGGAUAAACCAAAUACGAAAAUAAAAGUAGAUUUAACAGGAAAGAAAGGUGCCGAUGGCGCAAAUGGUAAAGACGGAUCACAUGGAAAACGAUGUGUCGAAGAUGGAUUGGAUGGUGUACCUGGUGAAAAUGGUCAAGUUGGUGGAAAUGGUGGAAAUAUUUGUUUUGUUACUAAUAAAUAUUUCAGAGAACAAGAGAAUAUAGAAAAAUUGAUUACAUCUGGAGGCGAGGAUGAUAAAGGUGGAAAUGGAGGACAUGGAGGUAAUGGCCAUGAUGGAAAGAAUGGCGAUCCUAAGGGCGAACUUGGUAUACCAGGUGGAGAUAGAGGUGAUGCAGGUUUAGGCGGAUUUGGUGGACGUGCUGGUGAGGUUCAUAUAGAAGAAAAUAGAAAGAUUAUUCACGAUAAUUGUGAACUUGUUGACAAAAUCGAAUCAAUCGAUAAAUCGAAUAGAAGUGCAGAACAUGGAAAACCUGGUGAAGAUGGAAAAGGUGGUGUAGGAGGAUAUGAUGGUGUAAGUUCUGAAGUGAAAAUUUUAUUUAUGUAUAUAUUGGAAGUAGUUAAUUUACAUGCAAUUUGA